AUGAAUAGCGUAGAUUUAAAAAAUUUAAUUGAUGUUUUAGUACUUAAUCAAAAUUUUCUUACUUAUUAUGAUUUAAAAGCAUAUCUCCAAAAAUAUGAUAACAAUAUAACGGGUGAUGAUAUGGAUUAUUAUUAUCCAUAUUAUAAAAAUGAAAUUUUGAAAUAUCAUAAUAGAAUAAUUUCUGAAAUUAAAGACAAAAUUAAAAAUAAUGAAUAUACAAAGGGAAAAACUAAAUCACAACUUAAACAAUUGAAAGAUUUCAAAAAUAAAGUAUUAACAGAAGAAGAUAUUGAUGAAUUAUAUAAUUUAUAUAAUCAUGAGCCGCAAAAACCAAAGGAACAAAAACAAAAGAUGCAAAACACCCAGGUUCUUCAGACCAUAAAUGAAGCACAAGCUUUAAUUUAUGAUUCAUUAGUUAAACCAUAUUCAGCCCGACUUUUAAAUGAAGAUCAACUUUUGGAAUUCAUCCUUCAACAUAAACUCGAAGCGGGAAAGUAUAUCAAACCUUUAUAUACAGCAUAUUUAAAACAAAUGAAUAGAAUACAUCCAGAAUUAAUGAAGGGGGGAAUGAAUUCCAAAAUCAAAGCAGAUAAAAUUAAACCACCUGCAACACCAAAACCUCCAAAGACAGUACCGCCUCCUCCUUCAGUUAAUCCUUCAUCAUUCACUUUAUUAUAUCCAUUUCAAACAUUAAAUAAACCAACUGACCCGAAAAUUCAACCGUUAAAGGAAAAAUUUAGUCGCCCUUCAUUUGCACCAUAUCCAUAUUCAUACGAAAUCGAUCAUUUAGAAUAUUCAAAAGGAAAAGUUACUUAUUUAUUUGCCAUUAACAUUAACACUAGAUAUUUAUAUUGCAUUCCAGUGAAAGGGAAAACAGAACAGGAAACAAGAAGAGCUAUACAAUACUUACUAGAUCAUGAAAGAGUAGAUAAUAUAAGGGGUGAUGGUGAUAAAGGAUUUCAGGCAACUAUGACUCAUUAUUUCCCACAAAUUAAUUUUUUCUUUUCAUCCUCUCCAUAUACGUUUCAUAAUAAAAUAGUUGAUGCGGUAAUGAGAACUCUUAGAGAUGCGUUAGGGGUUAACGGUCAGAUAUACUGGGAUGGAAAUCAUGACUCCAUCAUACAGCAGUUAGUAUAUUAUUAUAAUAAUACAUGGCAUAGAACUAUAAACAUGAAACCAGUGGAAAUGAAAAAUGAUAUUUCAAAAGAAUGGGAAUAUAUUAGAAAGCAAAUGGAAAGGUUAAAUGAUGUUAAACGUGAACAAAUUAAUUCGGGGCUCAUGAAUUUUAAACAAGGUGAUAAAGUUUUGAUUCAUCUCGAUUAUGGAAAAACUGAUAAAUCAAUGACAAAAAGAAGACGAAGAUUUGACACAAUAGCUGAAUUUGUUAGAUAUAUUAACGGCAAUGCAUUAGUUGAAGUUGACAAUAAAUUAAUAGAAAUUCCAAUUUAUUUUAUUACUCCAUUAUAUUUAAAUAAUAUUUAA